CUCGAGUUUAGCAGAGCAAGGUUCCCCCUCCGCCCGUAUUAUCAGCAAUAUAACAAUUAUAAAAAGCCCGAGAACCACCGUCAGCACCGCCAUAAAAAAACCGAGGCCCUCAGUUUUCUCUCCCUCUCCCCCUCCUCUUCCUCCUCCCUCUCCCCCCCUCCCGCUUUUGAAACCCUGGGCCCUGGAAAAGCCAUGAAUUUUGAAUUUGAGAGGGAGAUCGGGUUUAUAAAUAGCCAGCCUUCGCUCGCAGAGUGCCUGACGUCUCUUCCCGCUGUCCUGGAGACAUUUCAAACUUCAUCAAUCAAGGACUCGACAUUAAUUCCUCCUCCUUUUGAGCAAGCCGUCCUCAGCCUGAAUCCUUGUUCCAGCAGCCAGGCGAGACCGAGGAGCCAAAAAAGAGCAUCUCAUGGCCUGCUCCAGCCCCAGCCCCCGGCUCCGGCACAGCCCGGCCCCUUGGCAGCGGAAUUCCCUUGGAUGAAGGAGAAGAAAUCGUCCAAGAAAGCCUCCCAGGCUCCAUCCUCUUCUUCCUCUUCUUCCCCCCCGUCAUCUUCCUCCUCGCUGCCGGUCCCUGGCGCAGGAUCUCCUGCAGACGCGCAGGGGCUGGGAGAGAGCGGCGGCUCCAGGAGGCUCCGCACCGCCUACACCAACACGCAGCUGCUGGAGCUGGAGAAGGAGUUCCACUUCAACAAAUACCUCUGCAGGCCCCGGCGGGUGGAGAUCGCGGCUCUGCUCGACCUCACCGAGCGCCAGGUCAAGGUGUGGUUCCAGAACCGGCGGAUGAAGCACAAGAGGCAGACGCAGUACAAAGAACCCCCCGACGGGGACCUCGCCUACCCCGGCCUGGACGAGGGCAGCGACCCCGCCGAGGAGGCGGAGGGGAGCCCCGGCUUGGGGCCGCUCCCGGAGCCCCGGGGGACCCCCGGCAGCUCGGAGCCGGUGGCCGCGGGCGAGCCCAGCGCCUGCCCCGGGAGCCGCGAGUCGCCUUUGCUGCCCGAGCUGAGCAUCUUCUCGGCAGAGUCGUGCCUGCAGCUCGCCGAGGGGCUUUCCCCGACCCUCCACGGCUCCCUGGAGAGCCCCGUCCACUUCUCCGAGGAAGACCUGGACUUUUUUACGAGCGCACUUUGUACCAUAGAUCUGCAACAUUUAAAUUUCCAAUAGCGAGGCCUCCCCUCUCUCUCUCCCCCCCCCCAACACCUCGUUUCUGGACGUUUCUCCCCCUUCCAGGGGCACCAACCCCCACCGAGCCACUGCCAGAUCCCCCCACCCGCCUCUGAGAGAAGGGGGGCACCCCCAAAAUAAACCUCAAGCCAUUUCUCAUUCGAUCAGCCCCAUCCCGGCCCCCAAACACUUUCUUUUUAAAGCUCCGUGAGACCCAAAUCGCCUCCCCCCCUCCCGAUAUUUAUUCUAGAAGGCUCACGCGAAAGAACAGCCCGAGUUUUGCUAAAUGCAGGUAUUUAAGGAUAGUUUUAUUUUUGCUUUAUUUAUUUGAAGGAAAGCAGCCGGUAGUUUCUCACGCACAUCAGAGAUGUCAGCCCUCAAGAGAGAAAUAUUUGUCAAUCCUUCAAGUGACUUUCUCAGGAAUCAGAACGAGACUUUUAGAUUUCUUAAUGAAACUAAAUUUAAAUGAAAAAUCAGGGGAAUUUUCCUUCCUAUUUUUAAGUUUUAGACGUAGACUAUUUAUUCAAAUCCUUUAAUAGCAAAGGGCAAAUUAUUUAUUGUAUAUUAUUUUCAUAGAGUAAAUAAAUGUCUUUAUAAAACCAAGAA